UGCUGGAAAAUCGAUCAACCUUACUCAAACUGGUUUUUCUGACUUGGCUUCUUGGAUUGAAUUUAGUAAUUCCAAUACAAUAAGCCAGUAAAAACCAGCCAAUACAAGUUACAACAACCGCGUUCUGGCCAAAAGUCCGUACGUAACACGGUUUAUUUUCUAACACAAAAUCUGCACCGUCCAAGCUCUCCAUCAAAUCCGCGUCAAAAUCCAACGGCCAUUUAUUUACCAAACCCUCCACGGUCAAAAAUUACUCCAAUAAAAUGCCCUCCCUCUUCUCACCUAAACCCAUCCUUCGCUUGGUAGUUUGCUUCUUAAACCCUCCUCACUUUUCUCUCCGUCUACAAUGGCUCGAUCCAGCGCUGUCGUUUUGAUGCUAAUGGCUGUCCUCUUGGUGGCCUCAACAAGGGCACAAUCCCCUGCAUCUUCCCCAGCCAAGUCCCCUGCACUCUCUGCCAAACAAGCCUCUGCUCCUUCUCCUUUGAGCACUCCACCGGCUGCCUCACCUUCUCCUUUGAGCGUUUCACAUUCUCCUUCGGGCACUCCACCCUCGGCUGCUCCUUCUACAUCUCCCGUCGCAGACUCUCCACCUUCUCCCCCAUCGUCUUCCCCUGCCGCCUCUCCCUCUUCUUCGGUCUCGGGAUCCCCCUCGGAAGCUCCUGCACCGAACGGCGCCGUUUCGAAUAGGUUCUCCGUCCCGGGAUUUGUGGCCGUUGGUGUUUUCGCUGCCUCCUUGCUUAUGUAAAGAGGGGAAUCUCAGACCAUCUGUGGCAUGGAAGUUUUUUAUAUCCAUGAGAACUGCGGGGGCUUUAUGGGGUUUUAAUCAUUUGUGUUAUUGGGGA